UUUAGUCUAAAUGUGCAGAGCACAUAUUGAAACUAAUUUAAAACCUGUAAAAUGGUUUAUUAAGCAAAAUAAUAGCUGGCAGUUACUUAUGUGGCUACCUCGAUGGAGGAAUAUAAUCCCUUGAUGAUGUCCCUUUAAUUCUUAGUGUCAUGCUGUAAAAAUAUCCUACUCCACUUGCUGUUUUUGUGCACAACUGUUGAGUUAAGGGUGCAUCAGUUUGUAAAUUUGAGCCGUAGCUCUGAAUUAGAUUAUUUUUAUGUGGGGAUUUUUCUGAAUUGAAUAUGUAUUUAGCUGUGUAGCUCAACCUCCUGAUACAAACUUGAUGCAGGAUUUAUGGGACAAAAUGGCUCCCUGGAUACUUAUUUAUAUGUAUGCCCAUCGAACUCUUUUAAAUUAAAAUGUAAAAUAGUAAAACAAUUCAGUUGUACCUCUCUGUAAGGUCACAGCUCUGGAAAUAGCCCACUGUACCAUGGAGGUAGUCCAUAAAGAUUCUUGUACAUCCUGUUUUCAAUGGACUGCAUGGCAUCUUUUUUUUUUUCUCAAAGCCAAGUCUUUUAAACAAAUCAGCAAAUGAGACUUAAUCUAGCCAUAUGUGAACCAGUACUGUGUAGUAGCAGAAUAUUAUGAUAGAGGAUGAAUUUUAUGCUGAUAUUGCAGGGUGCUACUUGUGCUUUGCGUGCCAUCAGUAGAAAACAAGGGGAACUAGAACUACUUCUAAACCUUAGAUAAAAAUUUUUAAACCUGGUGUCUUAAUAGUUGGGGUCUAAUAAUCUAUAAUAUGGUUAUGAAUGCCAGCUCCGAUGGAAUUCACGAGGAGCUACAUGUAAGAACAUACAAAUUCCUGCACAAGGUCAGUCCAAAGGGCCAUCUUGCUCAGGACCUUGCCUGCAACUGUGGCAAGUAGCUCCACAAGACAGCAUAAGAAACAGGAUAUGCGUAGGGCGAUAACCUUCCAACUACCAGGAGUCACAGGGUUUAGGUUCCUUCCCUUGUGUUUAAUAGCAUCAGAUAGACCUGUCCUUAAAAUUGUCUGGUCCCUUUGUAAACCUGAUUAUUGAGUUGAUCUUCAUAAUGCGCUAUGGCAGUGAGCUCCAGAAGUUUAUAGGAUCAUAGGAAAGUAGGGCUGGAAGGGACCUAACGAAUCCUCUAGUUCAGGUGCCUGCUUAAGGCAGGAUCGUCCCUAACUUAACUAGACAAAGUGUCUGUCCAACCUGCUCUGGAAAGUUUCUGAGGAUGGAGAUCCCACAGUUUUUCUAGGUAGUCUGUUCCAGUACUUGAGUCAAGAACGCACUCCGCGCCCUCCCACUCUCUCCCAAAAAACAAAACCCCAAACCCCAAAACAAAAAACCCCAAACCCUUCCUUUUGUUUGUUUUAACCCUGCUGCCUGACCAUUUCACCAGAUGGGCACAUAGAUCUUUUGUGUGCUCCACACCUUUGAAAGUCAGGCUACUUUGAUAUGUAAGUAUGGUGUUAGAUGUCUAGCUUUUGGCACUACUGAGGUUAAAAAAUACUGGCAUUUUUAAUUGUGUGAAUGCUCUGUGUAUCCUAGUAAGUGAGAGAAUCUAGUAAAUAUGGAAAGAUAGGGUUUUGUGCUUCUGUUUCAUUUGUUACAAAAUGCUGAUGCCACAUUAUUAACUUAUGCAGUUUUGCUGUCCUUUCAAUUGCUGAUACGUUGGAGAAUGUCUUUUUGCCAAAUAUGCAGCUGCGAACCCCAUUUUUCACUUUAGGUUGUAUUGAAUCCAACUGUGACUUCCUGCGGUGAAACAGACUGGGAGCAAUGCAGAGCCACUGGUUAGGAUGUGAGCUUGUGACUGCAAAAAGAACAAUUUUAGUUUUAUGUGGGUUAAGGAAGUGUGCGGGAGCAAUUCUUUAUCUUAAACUUUUAAGACUCUCACCAGAAAACAGAAGCUUAAAGUUGGGGUUGCUGGCAUGAAUCUCUGAUCUUUCCAAUCCUAUAGGCUUCUCAGCAUGAGAAACCGUUACCACAAUCAGUGAGAGAUUUUUACAUUAAAAAAAAUGGCAGGAGCAAACAUAACUAAGCAGUGUUCAUUUUUUCACAUUCCUGAAGCGUAGACCUUAAGAGUAACACCAAAAGUCAUGAGAGUUGGCAACACUGAAAUUUAGGGUUUGGAGUAUUUUGUGAGAAGGAAGGCUUUUGAUGUCAGCAUGAAUGUCUUAGCUGCUGCUACUGCUGUCUUUGCUGUUAGAGUGAAGUUCCUUCUAAGCGCAUUUGUUAGUGGAGCUCCAUGGAAUCCAGGAAAAGUGGAAGCCAGACCAUUUUAGACUCCAUAGGUAAUAACUAGUACCUUUUUGCACCCAGCAGUGAAUUGGCGUGAGGGACACAGGACUGAGAAUAGGUGCUAAGUGCUCUUUUUACUCCAUUUGGUUUAUCCAAAAGUUACACAGUCUCAUUUUGCAUUAACUGAAGGUACAACAUGACCUCCAUAGUCUUAUCUUGCAGAAACAAAGUCAUGACUUCAAUGCACACUGCACCAAAAAAAAAAUAAAAAAAAAAAAAAAAUCACACUGGAUCUUCAGAUUCCACUGGACAUGUAUAAAAUAUACUACAAAUUUCCUAUUCUCAUUUGGAACCCAGCAUUUUAUGCAUCCAGUUGGAGCGCUGUGGAUUUAUUUCAAAGUUCCUUGUUAGAGGAAAAACUCUGAAAAGAUGUAAAAGCAUUCUACUAUUUUGGGAUUAAAUAAAGAUCAUUUCAGUUCACUCAUUUUAUUUAUUUUUAUUUCAUCACAAGGCCAUUGGUCAUCAGUUUUGCAUAACCUAAUUUCACACCACUGUUUUUGACAAGAAAUAAUGCUCACAGGUAUCAGUUUGGAAAUGUCCUUCCUAUCUCAGAUAUUUUAUGUCUGCAUAAGUUUUGGAUUGCUGGUCUUCCUGUGGCCCCCAGUCUUUACCAUUUUUAUCCUAAUUUUAAUCUAUUAUUGUUUUAAAAGAGAAAUUAACAAGAUGCUUCUUCAAUAACUCAUGUAUCAGUCAUGGUAUUCACUGUGGUAAUUAUCAUCCAUCAGUAUCUACUUUCCUCUCUGUGGCUUUCCAUCAGUUUGUGGCCAUUGUUUCUAGUUACUCCAAGGGGUGCCCUGGUAAACAGAGCAUCUCCUAUUCCUUUCUUCCCACCUUCCCCCCCCGAUGAAUUAGUAGGCAGCCACAAGAUCACCUCGCAGCCUUCCCUUGCCCAGGCUGAAGAGAUCCAGGGCCCUCAAUCUCUCCUCGUAAGGCUUUGCCAUACGAGUGGCCCUCCUUUGAACUCUCUUGAGGUUGUCGAGAGAGAGAUGAAGACCAUCACAUCCCAGGAUGCCCCUUUCACGGCAGUGCGGAUCGUGGUCAAAGAAGCAAAAACCCGCACGAUGACACGAACUCCAGAGCCGCAGGUUGACUUCUUUGAUGCAGGUGUUGUGAUGGUGACCAUGACUGCUGACCAGGAGAAUCGACAGGAAGACCACCUGUGCCCCUGUCUAAGCCAAGCCCCCAGCGCCCUGUAGUCGCUCAUGAUACGUUUUACACUACUCGUGGCCGCAUUUGUGCCCACAUGGAUGAGGACCAUGGAAUAAUAGUCGGAGGGCUGGAUGAGCUCAGGAAUCCUCGCAGUGAUGUCCUGGAUCUGGGCUGCAGGCAGGCAGCAUACCUCCUGCCCUGUGGGAUCCAGGCGACAAGCGGGUCCCUCUGUUCCUGUCAGGACGGAGUCGCCCACCACAAUUGCUUGGCGUCUCUUCCGUUGGCUGCCCGGCUGACUCUCAGCCUGUAUGGUGGUGGCUGUGUCUGUGGCUUCCUCCACAGUACUCUCCUCCAGUGCUGUCAGGGCCUGGUAUCUGUUCCCCAGUUGCGCUGGGGAAGCUGUCUCAGCAGCACAAUUUUUGGCUCUGAAGGUGACCAUCUGCCAUUCCUCUGCAAUGGGUCCCUCCCAUGUUGUCUUUCCACCAGAUCACUGAUGCUGCAGAGAAUGAAAGUACCCAGGAAGCUCAUCCUCUGCAGCCCUGAUCCCCUGCGGCCUACUAACCUCUGCCUGGAGUUCCCUCACCUGCCCCUCCAGAGCCUCAAGCUGGGCACGCGUGGGACAGGUGAGGGGAAUCCUUCCCUCCCACCACCUCCAGGCCUCAGGGGCCCUGCCAGGCAACCCCUGCAGACAGGGCACCAGGGUGCUGCUGACCAUCCCAGGGGCUCCAUCUGAGUGGAUGCCUCAGAAGAGCCCUGGGUGGGAGGCAUCGCCGGGGCAGGGUCCCUGGCUGCAUGCCGAGUCCUUAACGGCAUAGUGAGACACCUCCACUUCCAUACACACAAAGUCUUCAUCCACGGCCUCUGACACCUAGGGUCUCGGGCCCCUCCUGUGCACCCUCCUGCACAAACUCCCGUGCAAACCCUGGUGUGCCCCUGAAGAGCGCACCUCUUUGCCUGGCCUGUUUGUGCGGGUCCUGCCCAGCUUGGCUAUACGGGGAUGGGAGGGUGGAAAAAACCCCUUCCGGAUCUCUCCCCACUCCCCCUCACUCUUCGCUGAGAAAAUGGUCAAGGCAUGCUUUGAACUGAAACAUGCAGGAGGUGCUUUAGUUCAAAAGCGCACUGCCGCCCUUUUCUGCACACUGCCAUGCAUUCCGCCGCUUACACAACUGCAGGCGGUGCAGCGUGGUUUGCCUCAGCUUGUGUGCAAAGCAGACUUGAUUGAGUCUGCUUGGAAGUGGUGCAUCUCCGGUGAAUCAUGGGACAGAAAAGUAUGUUUCUAAAUGCUUCGAUUUUUCAGCGUGGGGAUGUUGAUACAGGUGACACUAGAAUCUGCUGGAGCACAGUAGUUAUUGUGCUCCAGCUAACUUGACUGCGCUGUAAUUACAGUGCGUCGGAGCAGCCUCUCUGCACACCUGUAGGGGCAUUUUAAGUUUCUGACUUUUUAUAACACGUAAACAGCAGCACCAAAUAGGGUAGACAUUAAUUACAUGUGUCACCUCCAGAUAUUUGCGAGGUACCAGGGAGAUGGACCCUAAGUACUCCCAAGAUCUGCCCACUCUAUUGUGUCUGAGAUAUGAACAGCCUUUGGAUGCAGAGUAAGGAAGUUGGAAGUAGGAUGCCAGGACAGCUAACUACUGGCCUCAAAUUGCCUGUAUAUAGCUGCCUAGGUGCCCAGAAAAGACAGGAGCCAUGGGAAAGGAGUUGUCUCUAGGGAGUUGUCUUCUAGCCAAAGAAGUUGCCAGAAACCUCUUCUCUUGUCCUGAUGAGAAGGAAGGAAAACAGAGAGAGAACCCAGGGCACAUUAAUUAAAGUGAGCCAGAAAGGAUGGAAAAAUAAGUGGACUUUUUGACUUGUAUACAUCACAGUGCCUUAGAAGGGAGCUCUGCAUAUGUGAAGCAACCACAUUAGAUGGAUUUUACACUCCACUUCAAGUACAUUUUCAAGGGUUGAUGGUAACUGGGAACUGGUUGCGAUGGUGCCAUGGGGAAGCAGGAACUUUUGGAAGAAUUGUACGUGACAGCCAUUAUUCUCUUGCAUAGCUACUGGAGUAUGCAUCUUGGGUAUUUCAUGUGUUCCCAUAGUGCUGUCCCAGGACUAGUGGAGCAGUGGCUUUGGUCUCACAUUGCAUUGUAAAUCGAAAGGGGCUUAUUAGAAGGUGCAGAGACUCUUGCAUUUUUAUGCACAGCUAGGCACAAUUUCACCUGUAUGUCAUUGUCAUGCAGCAUGACAAAUCUGUUUGUAAAAUUAAUAGUUACUGUGGUUGCAGAGAAGUGAAAAACAUGACCUGAGUGUACCGCAGAUUCAAAACCCAAGGAGCAAAUACAAUGAAAGCCAAAUUUUAUUAUUAUUUUUAAUAUAAUGAUUUUGAACCAAUCGAGACAAUUUUAUGCAUUCCUAUUUUUUUUGGAGCUUCAUGUAUAAUUUUUAAAACUGUGGGAUUGGCAAUACUAAACUGCAGAUCUGUCCAGAUAUCUAAAUAUAUGGGAAGGCACAGUUAGAGUACUUCCAUAAACUCUGUUCCUGUCUUGGCACUUUGCCAUAACUAUACAACUCAAAAGCUUCAGCAUUUGUAAUCCUGAAAUAAACUCAUCUGAACUAUGUCUAGAUAGUACAUUUACCGGGUCUGUCAACGGUGCCCUCAAACAUUGAGAGGUGACUUCUCUAACCAGAAUGGGUUUAGUCAUAUCUGUGUAAUGGUGAGUGUGGGCUGAUUUGAGUGACUGUGCCAGCUAUCCUGCCCAAGAUGGAUGCACCUGCAGUGCUUUUAAUUCAAGGCUAGCAUGUGUGGAACUACAUAGCACGCUGGGGAGUGCUGCUUCCAGGAAUGACAAGUUUGUGGUCUAGAUGUGCUCUUUACGUUUUUUUCUCCUCUCAAACUCAUUUUUUACCAUUAUUCAUGUCAUCCUGACUAAGAGCAGCUUGUGGCCUCCGUCCCAUUGAGAUUGAGGGAGAUAGAUGCUCUUUUCAAAAAGGCAGCCUGGCUUUGAAUAAAUUAUGACCUCAAUCCCAUUGGAAACAAUGAGGUGUUUCAGCCAUUUAGGAAGAAAGCAUUGUAUGUGCCCCCUGUAUUAACUGCAGCUCCAUCCCACACCCCACCCUGCCUAUGCAGCAUCUGCCCCUGCCUCACUCCCUCUGUCACUGUGGGGGCCUUGAUCUGCCCCCCAAACCUCUUCCUUCCCCAUUCGCCUCUUCCCCCACAACGCACUUACCAGCCAGACACUGCUCUCCAUGCUGCGGGGCCACAUAUUGGCAAUCAAAUCGGUAUCGGCUGAUAUGCCUCAUUAGAAACUGGCUGUCAGUAUCAGCCCAAAAAAUGUUUAUCGGUGCACCCCUAAUAUUUGAUCGCUAUAGAACAAGCAAACCUGUUGAGGCAUGUAGUUAAAAUGUAAGGCAAGCUUAUCAAUAUGCAUGCCAGUAAAUUAACAAACCUGUCUUGAAUUCAACACUACCUGACCUUUUAGAAAGGAAUCUGAAAAUUGUCCUGUGACCUAAACUUUCAGGAUAGUAGAGGAAGAUGCUUCCAGUGUCAACUGAUACUUGCUUUUGCUGAACCUGACUCAAACAGAAGUUUUGUCAGUACGUAACCUUUCAUUUAAAUACAUCUUUAAAGGCCCUGUCAUAGUUUUCAGGGAAUGUAAAUAACAUUUAUGUUAAAUCAUCCCUCCUUUAGAAAUGAAUUAUCCACAUAUAGGACUAUCAACAUCAUUUUGAUCAGUCUCAAAUCAGUUCAUGUUUGACAAGAAGUCAAAACAGAGCAUUUUCUUCCCUCGUUUCUACCUCUGUUCUAAUUUUAUUUCCUUUGUUGCGACCUUGCCCAUGCAAGACACUUUCACAGCCUCCAUCAUGUCCCUACACCACUCUCAUGCAGGCCUCAGUCCAAGCUGCUUUUCUCUUUAUGAAACUCCACUCUCUCCUUAGCCCAUCAUAUCUCCAUCUACUUUGUCAUAUCCCUGCUGAUAAAACAGCUCUUCAGGUAAUCCUAUAACCCCAGGUUGCACACUUGCAUCUGCUCCUCUGAACUUGCUGAAAAAGAUUUUGGGGUAUGUUCUUCCUUGUCCAUUGCUCGUACACAUGGCAUAGUUAUUUUCCUUUAGUUCCCACUCCCACCCACGUUCAGAUCUACGGGACCUCUCCCUCCAAAUGUUUUGCCUUUGUUGUUCCCUUUGUUUCUUUAUCCUCCUCACUUCCCCACCCCUCCCCGCCCCGCACCAUGCCUAUACUCCUCAAGGUUGCAUCUUGUAGGAAUUUGCAUGCGCAUGUCAGUGAAGUUCAUUUAUUCCAUCCAAAGGCCAGUAGCAGUCACUUUGAACGUACCAACUCCUGUAGCAAAACAGCAACUGGAUAUGAGCUGGCAAUGCUUACUAAUGACAGCACCCACACAAUGAAAUGGUUAAAAGCAUUGAUCAGGGACUUAUAGUAAGGCUCAUCCUGGUAAUGCUCACCAUGGCAUGGCUCUAACUCUAUUUCACUGGCAUUGGCAAAGGACCCAUUUCUGUUGUCUUAUUUUUACCAUCCCCUCCCCGCAAACUACUCACUAUAUCACCUUCUCCUGACUUCCAGAGACUCAACAGAUCUAGCCCCAAACUUCUGCAUACACCUUAUAUUUUUCCUAAAGCAGGGGAAACCUCCUCAGCCUCUCUCUGUUCAUCCUUGGUCCAGUUUCGGCAGGUUUCCUGGUCUCUGCCUCAUUUCUUCCUUUGUUUAACCAAUCUAUAGUUCUUUGCCUAAACCUCUGCAUGUGGCCACAUAGGCAUUUAGAAAAAUCUCCCUCUCCUUGUGUGUCUGUGCUUAAACCAGGAAUCCCUGGAGGAUGGUCAUGCUCGUACCUGAUAUAAUACAACAUCCCAUUACCAGUUGCAUAACAUCAGUACACUACAACAUACCUACAGUCGUCUAGCUGGAUUGUUAAUGCUUGUGCAGGCAAGGCCUAUAUCUGUCCAAACAGGGCAGAGGAAGGCAGGAGCUGGGGAGUGACUGGAGUUUGAUUCAGCCCCUUAUCUGCAUGGAGACAGAAACCCCAGAGUAACAGUGGCAGAUAAGAGCCAGAGAAAAGAAACUAACUGACCUUCCUUAACAUUGCAUGUGUAUGACAGGGAACUGCGCUGUGCUUCUGCAAGGCCAAGACAUGUGACGUGUUUGUGGACUGCAACCUGCUCCAGAAUGUCCAGGACUUCUCCCUUGUGAUGCGAUAGAAUUCCCAGAGCCCCUCUGCCAAUCGCAGCGCUGCGGGCCAGGAAACGAGGACCGCUAGGUACUGGGAACUCAUUUCAACAUUGCUACCACAAGGGGCUGCAAAAGCGGACGAGUUCAGCUCGGUGAGAAACAGCACCUCCAUGCCUCAGGAUGAGGAGGGCCCAGAGAUGGCCUGUCUCUCAAAUGGCCCACCAGAAACUGAAUUAGGAACGGGAGACCUAGCAGAUCUCUGUAAGGCCUUGGAGAAGCUCCAUGAGCUCCCUGCAGGGGAGAAGGGUGAGAAGGCUUUUCUACGCUCCCGCCUCCAUGAGCAGUCUCAGCUCAUCUGCAUACUAAAGAAACGAGGUGAUGAAGCCCAAAUGCGUUGCAAGGCACUGGAACAGCUCAAUGCGGAGCUGGAGGAGCUGAGGAUGAAGGAUGCUGCAAACCUGAAAAGCCAGACCCAGCGGGCUCAACAGCUGGAGGAGCGCUUUAUGGACCUGGCUGCCAACCACGAGGACAUGAUCUACUUCAAGGAUGAGCACAAGCGACAGAACACGCAGCUGAGGGAGGAAAAUAAGCGUCUCAGAGAGGAGAACCAGAGUCUCUUCAGCCAGGCCCUUAGGGAGAAGGAGGCCGAGAUACUUCAGCUAGCUUCCCAGGAGAAGAUGGUCUCUCGAGAACUGGGUGCCUUAAAGGAGACCUGGGCUCAAGAGAGAGACAGAGCUCAGGAGCGAGAGAAGGAGCUGCUGGAAGCUCAGAGCCAGCAAGCCAGUGAUCAUGCCAGGGAAGUUCAUUCACUGAGAAGCCAGGUACAAACCCUGCAGAAGUACCAGCAAGUGAUUGCACAGCUGGAGCAGGCAGAAAAGCAGCAAAGAGUUGAGGGCAAUGAGUUGCAGGCCAAGCUGGACAGGGUGAGCCGGGAGAAGGAGGAGCUCUUGCAUUUGGCCAUGGACAGGGGCAAAAUGCUGCAGGAGAAGCAACGGGAGGUCCAGCGGCUGGAGAAGAAGUUGGAGGCUACAGAGAAGGCUAAGCAAAUUGCAGAUGAGCGCUUUGAGAGGCAAGCAGCAGUAGUGGAUAGCGGGCUGAGGGUCCGGGAGCUGCAGCGGCGGCUGGAGGGAAGUGAGCAGGCAUAUAAUGAGCUGCGGAAGCAGUUUGAAGCUUACAAGAAACACAGCAUAGACUUGCUCACUAAAGAAAAAAAGUUGAAUACCAAACUCCGCCACUUCGCUGCAUGAUCCUCACACCUCCUUUCCUCACCCAGUUCUCAGCAGAAAUAUCUACUGCUCCAGCUUUUUUUUUUUUGUGAUCUUACCUGAUUUCUGAUUACUGUGCCUGCUGUCUUAACAAUGGGCUGGUUUGUAGCUCACUUCUGUUAUGCUUCCAUGCUACAUAUUGGACAUCUCAGUCUAGAUGUGGCAUUCUGAACCAGUAAAACAAUUUAUAUUAAAUAAACCAGGAACCUAAGAGUGGAAGGUC